AUGGUUUUGUCCCGAAAACCGGUCGAAUUCCGAUAUCCAGUUUCCAAAGAAACUGGGUUCACGACAGAUGAACUCCAAAAACUCUUGUCCUUCUUUCCCUCAAGACAUUCAGUCGGUCAAAACUCCAGUACUACUUCUGAAGACUCGUUCCGAGCUAUCUAUUCUAAUGAUGAGAAGAAGCUUCGGCGCAUGAAAUCGAAUCGGGAAUCAGCCCAACGGUCACGCUGGCGAAAGAAGAGGCAUCUUGCCGACCUUAAAGACAAAGCGAACCAAUUGAAAAUGGAGAAUCAAGAAUUGAAGAACCAGUUGGGCCUAGCUUUACGUCAGAGUCACGCGAUAGGGGAGAAUAAUCAAGAGUUAAUAUUUGAGUCCAUGACUCUCCGUGACAAACUUUCGAAUCUAUACAGGAUUUUAUUUACCAUGCAAACACCAUAUAAAAGCAUGAAAUCCUGA